AUGACAUCCUUUUUGUGGAUGCUUCUGCUAUGGUUGUCACUUUCAAAGUGCGCUGAAUCAUUCUACCCUCAGUGGAAGACGUCCCAUCCUGAGUUGCCUCGUUUUGGAUCACUCAAUACUAAUAAACAGAAGCUGGCAACCACUUCAAGUUUACGGGUGUUACUACCCACCAACGUGGAGUUUUUGGCGGAUGAACGGUACGAGACAGAGACAGCCUACCGGUCCAUUCAAUGGAUGGAUCCUGCUCGAGGAUCCAAUAAUGGCGACAAAAAUGAUAAUGAUGACGUCUACAACUUGGAGGAGGAGGCGAUUCCCAUCUACCCCAUUCCGGCCGUAUAUUUGCCCUACACCCAUCACACGCUAAACAACGUGGAACCCCGCAAUCUCCAAAUGGCAUUGGAUCUCAAUCAAACCGACAGCAACAAAUUAUUUUGUGUCACACUCCGAGCCACCGACACGGGACGCAUUUCCCGAAAAGCAACCUUGCUGCGCAUGAUCGACAUGGAGCCGACUUUUCGACAGGAUAGUGCACGAGAACCAGUUCUGUCUCGAAUCACUGUAUCUUGCGAGGCCGUGGGCAUUGUGGAUAUUGUCAGUAUUGAAAAUCCUCAGGCGGCCAGUCCACUGGCACGAUUGCAACGAACCGACGAGUAUCUUCGAGGACGGGUGGUUCCUGUCACGGAGAAGAAUGACGAAACAGACGUCUUAUUGACAACAAUACAACAAAGUGUAGAGACCGACUUGGCACUCAUUAAAUCCAUGUACCAACGAGGGAUUGGUUCACGGGGCACUCUAUCCGUCACAGCCCUACAGGAGUUGGCCCAUGCCAUUCCAAUCAGCGACAAGAAGACGACUGUCUGGCAGGUGGCACAGCUGUGGCAGUCGGUAUGCGACACGGUCCGCGUGGGACGACAAUUUACUCUUGGCGGAGAUCGAAAUGAAUUUUUGGUCGAUGCGGCGUGUCGCAAGGGAGGACCUCUCAAGCUGCCCGUGCACCCGGAAGAAUUGGAACCUGCCGAUCGAACGCAGUUGGCACAGUGGGAAACCGCCGUGCAACGAGCAUUUCAUGAUACCAUUCAGCUGGAUCCUUGUUUGGACUUUUUGCCCCUUUUGGGAAUGGAAUCGGACAAGGACCGGUGGCAGUGGUUGGCCAAACUGAUUUCCAGAGAACGACAAAGACUGGAACGUGCUGCAGAUGCAGACUUUGACGACGAGGUACCAUCACUGCGACCUUCUCGCGUGGCCAUGGAAGAGCCUGUCCGAAAAGGGGCUUGGUUUGAUGACGGAGUGUGGUAA